AUGGAUAACUGUUUUCAGGCUCACAGUCAUAGCUUACAAGAUGAUAUAGCAAAUGUGAAAAAUCAAAUUCGCGACGUGGAUAAGGCAAUCUACGACACAAAAGAGGAGCUGAGUCGCAAAGAGAUUCGACUUAAAGAACUCGAAGAUAAGAAAAAAAACAAAAGCGGGCGUGAGAAGGAUGAAAUCGAGAAACGAAUUAAGGAAACGAUGGCAGCUCUGACAGCUACGGAAGCCGAGCUUGAUGCAGUAUGCCAUAAAGGAAAAGAAACCAAAACCGCGAUAGAUCGUAAAGCGAAAAGCAUCCAAUCGGACAAGAAGGAGCUGGAGAAAAAGCAGAACGAAUUGAAAAAGCUUGAAGCAGGAAGUGGCGGUGAAGAAAAGCGUGGUAAAGAAGCAGAAGAAGCCGUGAAACGUGCUCGGAAUAAGAUAGAAGCAUUGGCAAAAGGAAUGACUACUGAUGAGGAGGGCCAUGCUGUCACCCUAGAUGCUCAGCUAACAGAUAGGCUGAAACAGCUGGAACCAUCAUUGGCCAAGAAGAAGAAUGAACUGCAGCUUUGCUCCAGUCAGGCUGAUUCGGAAGAGCGCGAGCGAUCAGACUUGGAAAGGAAAGUACGAAGCAUCGAGGUGAUCAUUUCAUUCAUUGUGUAG